AGCCACCCCAGUCCCAGUGGCCCCACCCCGUCCUGGCUCACCGAACCUGACCCCGCCGGGAAAGAGAAGAGAAGAGAAGAGCAGCAGCAUAUGCCAUGUUAUCCCCUCGCGUCGUCCGGCCCCAGCCCCACGACGGCGCGGCCUCCGCCGGCUCCUCCUCGUCGCGGCGCCACAUGGUGGACCGCGUGCCCGAGUGGGAGCUCGGCCUGCCCUCGCCCGCCGAGCUGACGCCCGUCUCGCAGCCGCUCAUCCCGCCGGCUCUCGCCGCGGCCUUCGGGAUCGGCCCCGCCGACGCCCCCGUCGACGCCGGCUUCCUCCACGACUCGCCCACCUCCCACCUGCCCCCCAGGUUCGACGAGUACGACGAGGAGGACGAGGAGGAGGAGGGGGAGGGCGAGACCGACGACCCCGCCGCCGCCGCCGCCUCCGCCGCCGGGGGCCGGAGAGGCGGCUUUGGGAAGAAGGCGAGGAUGGUCUGGACGCCGGAGCUGCACCACCGGUUCGUCGAGGCCGUCGAGCACCUCGGCGAGAAGGGCGCCGUGCCCAAGGCCAUCGUGCGCCUCAUGAACGUCGACGGCCUCACGCGGGAGAACGUCGCCAGCCACCUCCAGAAGUACCGCCUCUACCUCAAGCGCUCCACCCCCGCCGCCGCCGCGCCAUCGCCGCCGCCGCCGCCCUACUUCCCCCGUUUCGACGUCCAGCGGCCGCGUCAACAAUCCGCCAACCGGGGCGGCUACUGCGGGUAUCCGUAUGUUUCCUACCAGAAGCUCGGAUGCGAUUAAAAAGCAGUAAGCUCGAUCAAUGCCAUCGCCCCGCGGUUUCCCCGCACUGGAAAUCGUUUUGAAUUUUGUCUUCCAAAGAAAACAAAUGGCAAACACGGACAGUGUAUGAGAUUCAGACUUUUGAAUCCACCCUGUCGUUUGAAAAACGGAAUUUUCCAAUACGUGUGCUGCCAUCAAAGGAACCCAGGUGGCAAACAUUUCAGGCACAGGUGCAAUCCAUUUCCAUACACCAACUGAACCCAGAACAGAAAGCUGCCAGGCUAAGCUUGCUACGUACAGUAGUGAUUAGUUUGCACUUGUAUUGCACCUCUUUUGUCAAUUUCUUUGCUAGAUUAUUGUAACGCGUAGCAUGUCUUUUGCUUCGUUCUUUGAUUGUUUAUAAAGCAACUUUUAUGUCGGACAGACGUGUGAUUCCUUGUUGCUACAGUCAAGAGUUUAUCAGUACAUGGCGAAAUUUUGCAA